UUUAUAGAAGCCCUUUUAGUAGUGGGUGCAAAGCGUGCUUUUUUUCUUAACAAAAUGAAAUAUUCUUCGACUUGUCGGUCAUUUUGCGUCGGCGUUUGGUUAGUCGGGUGCAUCACAGGGUAAGUUAUUAGCAAUAUACAUUACCCUUAACUAAAACUACAGAAACAUCACAAUGUAUAUGUAAAUAACAAUAAAUUGUUUUACGCAGACAGCACAAAGAAAAGACAAAUUUACAUUCUUUACUUAUUAUUUAGAAAGACUUAAAGAGCAAAAAUCUGUGAAAUGGAAAAUUUGUUGGUAGAGCCAUAUUACUGGAGUACUGUACUUAGUUAUUUUGGUAGGUUGUCCUUUCGUUAGGCAUGAUACAAGUCUUUAAAAAUAUAUAAUUAGCUCAGCAAUUCUUUGCGGACUCGCAUGCCACUUGUAUUUUGUGGCAUCCGGCGUUUGAUUUUCAUCUGAAUUCGAUUUUUCCACUACCAUUAAUAAUCAUGGACUGGCAAGGAUGGGCCAAUCAUUCCGAUCAAGAUGUUUACGAUUACAAAAUAAAAGAAGAUGUGUUCAAAGGAAAGGGAAUCGCCUACAACGAUUGGAUUCUUAGGCUGACAGUCGCCAUUGAAAAAUCGCACUGUGAGACCUUCAUAGCUUUUCAGGAGCAGAUUCCCGAGUUCGCAAGACAUUUUUAUUAUGCCAGUAUUUACUCCAUUUGGAGAUCUCUGCGAAAUCGUUUUAUAUUUGUUUACACGGAAGAGCUGGCGAACAAAAAAGAUAGUUAUCUGCGUGGAUAUAUAUUUCAAGAUCAACCUAAUAUCUUAGUAGUUUCCUCACAAUACCUGAACUCAAGUACUUUUGAAAUUAAAACUAAUCGAUUUGUCGGACCGCGAAACUUUAACCAAAGCCCGGAGCCUGUUGAGUUCUAUUUACUGCAGCGUUACGAUGCCGAGGAUACGGAAGUUACUUCGGAAACGAAGAGUGCAUUGUCCAACAAGGUGCGAAAUCUCAAGGGACGGGAGGUAGUCGUAGGCAUCUUCGACUACAAGCCUUUUAUGCUAUUGGAUUAUGAAAAGCUGCCAUUUUACUAUGAUCGUUUUAAGAACACGACGGAAGUAACCAUUGAUGGAACAGAUAUUCAACUAAUGCUCGUUUUCUGCGAGUUGUAUAACUGCACGAUUCAGGUGGACACAUCUGAACCAUACGACUGGGGCGAUAUCUAUUUGAAUGGCACCGGGUAUGGGCUUGUUGGAAUGAUCCUCGAUAGGCGAAACGAUUACGGAGUGGGUGGCAUGUACUUGUGGUACGAAGCGUACGAGUAUAUGGACAUGACCCAUUUUCUGGGACGAUCUGGAGUCACCUGUCUGGUGCCCGCUCCGAACCGUUUAAUCAGCUGGACCCUCCUACUCCGACCAUUCCAGUUUGUCCUCUGGAUGUGCGUGAUGCUCUGCCUGCUGCUUGAGAGCUUAGCUCUUUGUGUAACCCGCCGCUGGGAACACUCUUCGUGCUCGGAAAGCAAUUCGUGGAUCGCUAGCCUGCGCUUUGGUUGUAUCAGUACGCUAAAACUCUUCGUAAAUCAGGGCACAAAUUAUGUGACCAGCUCGUAUGCUCUAAGAACCGUCUUGGUGGCCAGUUACAUGAUCGACAUUAUAUUGACCACAGUCUACAGUGGCGGUUUGGCGGCCAUCCUGACUUUGCCCACAUUGGAGGAAGCGGCGGACUCUCGUCAACGUCUCUUCGACCAUAAGCUUAUUUGGACAGGGACCUCACAGGCCUGGAUUACCACCAUUGACGAGCGGUCGGCAGACCCAGUUCUUCUUGGUUUGAUGGAGCAUUACCGGGUGUACGAUGCCAAUUUAAUAUCCGACUUUUCGCACACGGAGCAAAUGGGAUUUGUCGUCGAGCGCCUGCAGUUUGGGCAUUUGGGGAACACCGAGCUAAUAGAAAACGAUGCCUUGAACCGCCUGAAACUUAUGGUGGAUGAUAUAUACUUUGCGUUUACGGUGGCUUUUGUGCCCCGACUGUGGCCGCACUUAAAUGCCUACAACGACUUCAUUCUGGCUUGGCAUUCCUCGGGCUUUGACAAAUUCUGGGAGUGGAAGAUCGCUGCCGAAUACAUGAAUGCACAUCGCCAAAAUCGCAUUGUGGCCUCUGAGAAAACAAACCUGGAUAUAGGACCAGUCAAACUGGGUAUUGAUAAUUUUAUUGGUUUGAUUCUGCUUUGGUGCUUCGGCAUGAUCUGUAGCCUUCUGACAUUUGUCGGAGAAGUGUGGCGAGGAGAGAACUAGUUUAAACGUUUUAAU